GGUGCCCCACCCCCUCGAGCGGCCCGCGGCCCCCAAGGCACUCUCUGGCCCGCUCUGCGGCGGCCGCGGCCUGGGCGGACGGUUCGCCGCGCGCAGGCGCGGACCCUGGACCUCGCCGCAGCCCCCAGCGCCUCGGGGAGUUACACCGACGGGGUCCGCCCGCCGGCGCGUCAGUGCGCUCCCGCUCGGCCGUCCUCCCGGGUCCUCCCAGCGCUCGCCGCGCGGGGAUGGCGGAGCUGCGGCCUAGCGGCGCCCCCGGCCCCACCGCGCCCCCGGCCCCUGGCCCGACUGCCCCGCCGGCCUUCGCCUCGCUCUUCCCCCCAGGACUGCACGCCAUCUACGGAGAGUGCCGCCGCCUUUACCCCGACCAGCCGAACCCGCUCCAGGUCACAGCUAUCGUCAAGUACUGGUUGGGAGGCCCAGACCCCUUGGAUUAUGUUAGCAUGUACAGGAACGUGGGGAGCCCUUCUGCCAACAUCCCCGAACACUGGCACUACAUCAGCUUCGGCCUCAGCGACCUCUAUGGUGACAGCAGAGUCCAUGAAUUUACAGGAACGGAUGGGCCUAGUGGUUUUGGCUUUGAGUUGACAUUUCGUCUGAAGAGAGAAACAGGGGAGUCUGCUCCCCCAACAUGGCCAGCAGAGCUAAUGCAGGGCUUGGCCAGAUACGUGUUCCAAUCGGGUCCAAUCUUGACUGUCCCCGACCCCACCCCAAGAAGUGAAGGUGCAGGGGAAGUGGAGCAGAUGCCAGAAUUCUGGCUUUGGACUUGCAGGCCAAAGAACACCUUCUGCAGUGGGGAUCACGUGUCUUGGCACAGCCCUUUGGAUAACAGUGAGUCAAGAAUUCAGCACAUGCUGCUGACAGAGGACCCGCAGAUGCAACCUGUGCAGACACCCUUUGGGGUAGUUACCUUCCUCCAGAUCGUUGGUGUCUGCACUGAGGAACUCCAUGCAGCCCAGCAGUGGAAUGGGCAGGGUAUCCUGGAGCUGCUGCGGAUGGUGCCCAUCGCUGGCGGCCCCUGGCUGAUAACUGACAUGCGGAGGGGAGAGACCAUAUUUGAGAUCGAUCCACACCUGCAACAGGAGAGAGUUGAUAAAGGCAUCGAGACGGACGGUUCCAAUCUAAGUGGUGUCAGUGCCAAGUGUGCCUGGGAUGACCUGAGCCGGCCCCCUGAGGAUGACGAAGACAGCCGAAGCAUCUGCAUAGGCACACAGCCCCGGCGGCUCUCUGGCAAAGACACGGAGCAGAUCCGGGAGACCCUGAGGAGAGGACUUGAGAUCAACAGCAAACCCGUCCUUCCACCAAUCAACCCUCAGCGACAGAAUGGCCUCACCCAUGACCGAGCCCCGAGCCGCAAAGACAGCCUGGAAAGCGACAGCUCCACAGCCAUUAUCCCCCAUGAGCUGAUCCGCACACGGCAACUUGAGAGUGUACAUCUGAAAUUCAACCAAGAGUCAGGAGCCCUCAUUCCUCUCUGCCUAAGGGGCAGGCUCCUGCAUGGACGGCACUUUACAUAUAAAAGUAUCACAGGUGACAUGGCCAUCACAUUCGUCUCCACGGGAGUGGAAGGUGCCUUUGCCACUGAGGAGCACCCUUACGCAGCUCAUGGACCCUGGUUACAAAUUCUAUUGACGGAAGAGUUUGUAGAGAAAAUGUUGGAGGACUUAGAAGAUUUGACUUCUCCAGAGGAAGGACUGCUAUUUCAAGAUCACUCUUCAGGCCUGUCCAAAGCAAAGCCAUUUUGUCCAUCAGGGAUCACACAGGACUAUGUUCUGCCCCGUCCACACCACCAUACACACCAGGAGGCCACAGGAGGCCCACGGGUACAGGAUCCCUUUGAUGAGAGAUCCCGACAAAGCUGCCUCCAGGAGCCAUGAAGGCAGUGACCGUCUCUCCAGGGAGCAGCAGUUGGACUUCCAAGGAGCCUGGCCCCGUCUCUGCACACACCCUUAGGGCUACCUGGUUAAUUCCAUCAAACUCAGAGCUUCAAGGCAGAUCAUACUGGAGUAUGGGAGAGAUGGACUCCAGGCUCCCAGCAGCCAAGGUGCAACCCUCUGGACCUGACGUUGGGAGCAGCUGUGCCUUCUCAGAACUUUUCAAAAGGACGUUUCCUGGCCUCCGUCUGCCACAGCAUCCCUGCCUUUGAAGCUCUUGUCUUCCGAUGUCUCAUGGCCAAAGAGGUGCCAUCACCUUUCCUCCUUUCCUUGCCACCUGACCUGCUCUCCACCAGUUCUCUUUAUGGAACCCUGCCUCCACCUGCCUGGUGUGGCGAUGGGGAGGGGACUGUUUUAUAAGCUUUGUCAUCAGUGUGGGAGGCAGUAGGUGAGCUCUGAGACGAUGAGCCCAUGAAGCCUAUGGCCCCUGCCCGCCCAUGUUGGGAACCUCCAAGGCCAUGCUGCGGCCAGGCCUCCAUUUCCUUUUCCGACAGGGCAGUGGCUCUGGGGCAGUGGCAGGGCACCCGCUGUCUCUGACCACACCUCCUUUCCCUUGUGUGGCAGUGCCUUCCCAGGGGUUCUCCAUUGAGCUGGCUGGUGAGACAAGCAAGGCUGACCACGUACUGUGCUUAGCACAGCACCUGAACCGUGGUGGGUGCUCACUAAAUGUAUCCCUUCUUUCCCUCCCUGCAGCCCCUUCAGAGCCCUGACCUCAUAGUGAGGGGGAGGUAAGAAGCUUCCCUCCACCUGCCUCUUCCACAAGCUUCCCUGAGGUUUGCCUGGUCCUACCCCACCCUCCCAGUCCCUGGUGCUAGGAAGGGGCACCCCCGUGCUGUUUGCCUGCUACACAAGGCAGACUUCUGUGGCUCCUCAGGUCCAGUAUGGGCUGCACGAGGACCACAGACCCAGCUGCCACUCGGAGCGGGUGGAGAGGCUCAUGCAAGGUCUCAGAUGUGGCCAGGGAGCUGGCACUUUCCUGUCCUUCUCUUCCUGUUCCAUAGGCCAGGCUCCAGCGCUGGGACUGGGAAGCCUUGGGGAGAGUCUAAAAGGGCUAGAAUGUUUUAAAAAUAAACACAGGGUCUUGGGACUGGGUUUUGAGAUUGAGUUGAGGAGCAGGGAAAAAAUCUAAAAGUUGGUGCCCCUAUGGGGCAGACCAGUAAUGAAAUCCCUUGACUAUUUUUUUAUUCAGUUGUGUUUCCUCUCUGGCUUCCGGGGCCUCCGUGCCAGGUGAGGGCCCUGGGUCCCUGUAAUAAGUGAGGAGCCCUGUAGAGAGAGCCCUCCUUUUGUACAAGGACCUGAACGCUGCGACGAGCAGGCUUUUGUAAACAUUUUCAUUAGUUUCUAAUGUCAUUGGCGACUCAGUUCCUACGGGCUGCAGCCAGCCAGGAACUUUUGUAAGAACGUUGGCUGCCUCACUUAGAUGUCGUUUCCUUCUUGCCCCUCUUCCUCUGUGUAAUCUAAGUGCAUUAAACAUAUUUACAGAA